AGCCAAUGGAGUCAGCCCCCACGCGUAACUGUUGCUGCGUCAUCCCACGGAUCAACGCCGAGGUGCGGGGUUGUCCUCUGAUCCAGCCGCGGCGCCGUCCGGGCUGGCCAUCCUUUAUAUCGGACUCCUCCCGGUCUGCCACGGUCAAUCGGUCAGAGUCAACUCAGCGCAGUGUAGCACAUCAUGACGCAGUAUCAGCUUCCGUUCACGCUCCGCGACCCCUCCCUCUUCCAUGACGACUCCUUCGUUGGAGACCGCUGGAUCCCUGCCCGCAGCGGGGCUCGGUUUGAGGUGCGCGACCCCGGUACGGAUCGUCCCUGGGCCAGCUGUCCUGUCAACACGGCCGACGACGUGCCCGCCGCCGUAGAGACAGCCCACACGGCCUUCGAGAGCUUCCGGCGGACCACCCCCCGCCAGCGCGCCCAGUGGCUGAUGCGCUGGGACACCCUCGUCCGCGAGAACCGCGACGACCUGGCCCAGAUCCUGACCCACGAGACCGGCAAGCCCCUGGCCGAGGCCCACGGCGAGCUCGACUACGCCGUCAGCUUCCUCUGGUGGUUUUCCGGCGAGGCCGAGCGCAUCCACGGCUCCCUCAGCGUGCCCUCCAUCCCCAACCGCCGCAUCCUCACCGUCAAGCAGCCCGUCGGUGUCGCCGUUGCCCUCGUCCCCUGGAACUUCCCCGUCGCCAUGAUCCUGCGCAAGGCCGGCGCCGCCCUCGCCGCCGGCUGCUCGCUCAUCAUCAAGCCCAGCCCCGAGACCCCGCUGACCACGCUCGCCGUCGCCGAGCUGGGCCGCCGCGCAGGCCUCCCCGCCGGCGUCCUCACCGUUCUGACCACCGACCUAGCCGCCACCCCGGCCCUCAGCGAAGCCCUCUGCACCCACCCGCUCGUCGGCAAGGUCUCCUUCACGGGUUCCACCGCCGUCGGCAAGCUCAUCGCCGCGCACUGCGCCCGCGGCCUCAAAAAGCUAACCCUCGAGCUGGGUGGCAACUGCCCCUUCCUCAUCUUCGACGACGCCAACCUCGACCAGGCCCUCGACGCCCUCAUGGCCCUCAAGUGGCGCCACGCCGGCCAGGCUUGCAUCACCGCCAACCGCAUCUACGUGCAAUCCGGCAUCUACGACCGUUUCGCUGCCGCGCUGACCGAGCGCACCGCCGCGCUAGUCAUCGGCCACGGCGCCAAGGCCGGAACCACCCUGGGACCUGUCACAACCCCGCGCGGCCUCGACAAGGCCGAGCGCCAGGUCGAAGACGCGCGUCAGCGCGGCGCUGACGUCCUGCUGGAUGGUGGAAGGGUUCAAGGCGAGACAGGGUACUUCUUCGCGCCGACCAUCUUGGGCGGUAUGACGCCCGAGAUGCUCGUGUCGCAGGAGGAGACGUUUGCGCCCAUCGCGGCGCUGUACCGCUUUGAUGAGGAGGCCGAGGCUAUCCGCUGGGCCAAUGCUACUAGCAUGGGUCUGGCUAGCUACGCUUUCACUAAGAACGUGGACCGGGUGUGGAGGUUGCUCGAGGCUCUCGAGGCUGGUAUGGUUGGGCUCAACACGGGUAAUGCCUCGGCUGCUGAGUCGCCUUUCGGCGGUAUGAAGGAGUCGGGCUACGGCAAGGAGAGUGGGCGGGAGGUGGCUGUGGAUGAGUACUUGGUGACCAAGACGGUUACUCUGACGCUGGAGAUGUAGUUUACCCAUAUAUCUUUUUCAUUCAUGGUCGGAUAUCAUGAAGGGAUUAGUGGGGUAAGAAGAAGAAGAAGAAGAAGCAUGGUGUAAUUC